AUGGAGGUUCACUCUCUGCUUUGCCUUUUCCUCUUUCUUAUCCCUAUCCUCUUUCUUUUCAACCUCCGCCGUCGCAGAAACUUACCGCCUACUCCGCCGUCUCUUCCCAUCAUCGGUCACCUCCAUUAUCUCAAAGUCCCUGUCCACCGAACUUUCCAGAACCUCUCUGCAAAAUACGGACCAGUCUUCUCUCUCUGGUUAGGCUCUCGCCUCGUGGUGGUCGUCUCAUCGUCGGAGGCAGUUGAGGAAUGCUUCACUAAGAACGACGUUGUUCUGGCCAACCGUCCUAAGUUUCUAGUCGGCAAACUCGUCGCCUACAACUGUACUACGGUGGUCGGGUCGCCGUAUGGCGACCACUGGCGCAACCUCCGCCGAAUCGGCGCAAUGGAGAUAUUUUCAGCGUCUCGUCUCAACCAGUUCGCUGGGAUCCGGAUGGAGGAACUGAAACGGUUACUAAGAAAGCUAUCGAGGAAUUCGGUCCAUGGAUUCUCGAAUGUAGACAUGCAAUCUCUGAUUUCGGAACUUACGUUCAACAUCUCGAUGAGAAUCGCGGCUGGAAAGAGGUACUUCGGUUCCGAUGUGACGGACGAGGAGGACGUGAGGCAGUUCAGAGAAAUGAUUAAACAGGCUGCGUCCGUGGCAGGCGUAUCGUAUCCAGGAGAUUUUAUUCCAAUUCUGAAUUGGAUUUCGAAGGCGUUCGAGAGGAAGCUUUUGAAACUUGGAAAGAGGAUGGACACGUUCUUGCAGGGACUGAUCGACCAGCUUCGCAGCAACAAGGAAGAAGGACGGAACACCAUGAUCGAUCACUUGCUGUCCCUACAAGAGUCAGACCCUACCUACUAUAAUGAUCAAAUAAUCAAAGGAAUGGUUCAGGUGUUACUAUUAGCAGGAACGGAAACAUCAGCUGUGACGAUGGAAUGGGCUCUAGCUCACUUGCUCAACAAUCCCGAGAUACUGAAAAAGGCGAGAGAGGAGGUGGACACUCAAAUAGGACAAGAGCAACUAGUGGAUGAAUCAGACGCGUCUGAGUUACCAUAUGUUCAAGCAGUCGUCUUAGAGACUCUUCGACUAAACCCAGCUUCCCCAUUGCUAGUGCCGCAUCUUACCUCCGACGAUUGCACCAUAAGCAAUUACGAAAUACCUCGCGACACAAUUGUGUUGGUUAAUGCAUGGGCCAUCCAUAGAGAUCCUAAUCAAUGGGAAGACCCCACGCGGUUCAAUCCAGACAGACACCUGGAGUCUGAAGGCGAUAUGUUGUACAAGUUGGUUCCAUUUGGAGUUGGACGACGAUCGUGUCCUGGAGCGGUUAUGGCGCAACGAACAAUGGGGUUGACGCUGGCUGCGCUGAUUCAGUGCUACGAGUGGGAGAGGGUUGGCGAGGAGAUAGUGGAUAUGAGGGAGGGGAGAGGCGUCACCAUGCCCAAGGCGGUGCCUCUUGAAGCUAUGUGCAAAGCCCGUCCUAUCAUCCACAAACUGUUUGAUUGAAAAUCGUGCCAUCAUUAAUGGAGUUUAACUGUUUUAGUACUUGUAAGUUGCAUGUACAAGGAAGUACCUGUAUCUGACAACCCAUCAAAUAAAUAUCUUAUAUUAAG